AUGAUUCCUUUAUUUCAAUCUAUACUUCCUAAAACCACUCCACAAGGAGGUAAUCUUCCUCUGUGGUUAUUGUUCAUUUCUGUUGUUUCUAUCUUUAACUCAAUUCAAACAUAUCAAUCUAAAGAUUUACAAUUAACUAAAAAAGUAUAUGAAAAUGAAGCUAAUAAAGCAGAUCAUAAGAUUCCUCAAGUUACUGGAUUAAGUGCCAGAACCUUUGGUACUUGGACUUUAAUAACUUCAAUUGUUAGAUUUUAUGGUGCAUACAACAUCCAAAAUAAGCAAGUGUAUGAAUUAGUUCAAUUUAGUUUCUUAGUUGCGGGUCUUCAUUUCUUAAGUGAAUGGUUAGUAUACAAGACUUGUAAGCUUGGUAAGGGAAUUGCUGGUCCAUUAGUUGUUAGUUCCGUUAGUAUUGCUUGGAUGUUUUCUCAGAAGAGCUUUUAUUUAUCUAAUUAG